AGCAUUGAACAUAUGUUUGCAGUUAGUUUUUGUUCUGAUACAAAUACGGAGUUUUUUUUCUAAAUGUACCAGUGCUGUACAAAAAUGUUACGAACAAGCUUUUAUUUCCCAUUAUUAUGAUUGCUAUUAUAAUCUUUAAACGUCUGCCCUUUUUAGGAAGUCGUCACAGUCUGUUCUAGGAAUCUGGUGACCAAAGCUAAUUCGAGAAGUUAGUUACAUGAUCCGAGUAAAUUCAUCUUUGGAGUGUUUAUGAUGGAAUAGACUUGAAAUUCCGAUUCGAUCAGCAUGCUGCUGCUUCAAUAACCUUCUGCAAUUCUAUUCUUCUAUGUUUAUGUUACAUUUGUGAGAAUAAUGUUCUCUAAAUGAACGCCUUUUCUUGUAGUUAUUUAGUUGUGUUCAUUGUUUAACUUUAAUUUCCCAGGUUUGUUCUUCUUAAUCCUUAGUCACCCUCUUCGGGUUGACAUGAUUUAGUACUAGAAGUUAUUUGUAGCUCAUAGUGAAACAUGGACUGAUGUGGAGUAAGGAUGUCGUUUCUAAAGAGUCAGUGUCUAUAAACCUAGAUUAGAGAGCAAAGUACAGUGCUCUGUUCUUCAGGAUGGAUGUCGGAGGACAUCACCAGUACAGACUGAAAAGGAAUCUAGCAUAUGAAGAAUCUAGUCAAAACCCAAGGCAUGACACUUGGAGAUACACACGAAGCCCUAGGCUCCAUGAGAGCAGAUUCCAUGAGCCUCGUGGUAGAUUCCAUGAGCCUCGUGGUAGGCAAGGAAUUAGAUUGGAAUAUGAUCGUGAUUUGGGUCUUCAGCGACCAAGGCAAUCAUAUCAAGCUUCUCAGGGACGUGAUUCUAGAUUCAAGCACAACAGAGUCAGUUUGUUUGACCCUCUUAGCGUCCCCUAUGGCUGGUCAAGCUGCCCUCCCUAUGGUGAUAACAUAGGCUAUAUAAUCCCAUCAAAAGUUCCUCUUACUGAGUCUUUCAACAAGAAUAUUAGCCGCAUCAAAAGAUACACCCCAAGUCAAGCCAUUUAUGAACAAAAGUGCCUAUGCAGAGAAAUAGGUUUAGUUAUUGAUUUAACAAACACAUAUCGCUAUUAUCCAGAAUCAGAUUGGACAAGCCAGGGUAUUAAAUAUGUUAAGAUCAGAUGUCCAGGUAAGGACAUUCCUGAUAAUGACACUGUCAAUAAAUUUGUCGAUGAGGUCACCAAAUUUAGAUGUCAGCAUGAGCACUCAAAUAAGUAUGUUCUUGUUCAUUGCACACAUGGCUACAACCGUACAGGCUACAUGAUUGUUCAUUUUCUUGUACGUAACGAAAAGAUUACAGUAUCCGAGGCUAUCACUAUAUUUUCCAAUGCACGUAGUCCUGGAAUUUACAAGCAUGAAUACAUAGAUGCAUUGUACCGUCAUUAUCUUGAAAUGAAACCUGAAGUUGUUGAUUAUCCUAAAACUCCUGAAUGGAAGAAGCAAUCUGAUCAGAAGGAAGAUGCUACUGUUACUUCAUCUUCUACUGCUGCAGCUGUGUCUAUAUUCAAUGAUGCUGAUCUGCGAGAUCGUAUUCCAUUUGUAGAGAUUGAGAAAAUGAGGCAUUUCUGCAAUUCUGCACUGGACUUGCUUGGACAGGCUUGGCAAAACACAGAGUUUCCUGGGUCACUUCACAUUCCUCUAACCAGGAACAACUUACACCUUCUUAGGCAGCAGUGUUACCAUUUCACGUGGAAAGGUUACGGGACAAGACAUAUGAUGCUAAUAACUCGUGAUGCUUCCUAUUUGAUAGAUAGAAACUUUCAUUUCCGAAAGGUCCAAUUGCGCUUUCCUUGCAAUGAGGGUAUAUCCGAAGUUACUCAUCAUUACACGUUACUAGAUGGUGAAAUGGUAUUUGACACUGAACAAGAAACACAGAAAAGGAGAAGAUACCUCAUACAUGAUAUCAUAGCAAUUAAUGAAGUAUCUGUUGCCAAGCUACCUUUCCAUAGAAGGUUGAUGCUUGUCGAGGAAGAGGUGAUCAAACCCCGAAACUAUGAGCAUGAUUUAUUGUGGAAGAGUGAUAAUGCAUACUACCGAUAUGACCUGGAGCCAUUUGAAGUUAGGAUGAAAGAGUUUUAUGACUUAUCUGCUGCUACUAAGCUUGUCAAAGAGUUCUUGCCAUUACGUUCAUAUGCGACAGAUGGUCUUCUUUUUAAAGCCUGGAAUGAUGCGUAUAUACCUUGGGCUCAUGAAGGACUUUUAAAAUGGAAAUAUCCAAGACGAUAUACAGUGGAUUUUCUUUUUGAUGUGGGAGUCAAUAAUGAUAAUAUACUCUAUCUGCAAAGCUUUGGAAGGAGGAAGCAAAUAGAUUGCCGAGUGGAAUUUGGAGGUGCAUCAAAUAUCUCAUCAUCAUAUGCAGGCCAGAUUGUAGAGUGCUCUUGGGAUCACAAGAGAGGAACUUGGAUUUUUGUGCGUGCAAGGACAGAAAGGUCAACUCCAGACAGUGUCAACACCUAUGAGAAGGUUAAACAGCGAAUGGAUGAUGAAAUCACAACAGAUAUGCUAUUGAAAGAGAUAAGGGAUCUUUUAAGCUUACCCAUCUACUCUGAUAGCAGAAAAGAUAAUUGAGCUUUACUUCAUAAGUGCAUCCUGACAAGUUUUAUUUGCGUGGUGCCUCCGUUAUAUAUACAUAGCCAUAUAGAUAAAGAAGUUUCAAAGCGAAUUACUGAUCUUUAUUCCUCUCCUCUGCCUUGGAUUGAAAACAAAAUAUGUGCUGAACAGUGUGUAGUUCACUUGACACCACCAAUGAUGCAUUUAGUUCAGGGUUCUGUCAGGGUUGGAGAAGCUGCGUGAUAUCAGGUUUUUAAACACUGGAGUGUAUAUAUAUGCAUUAAAGUUUGGUUGCAUAUGUUGAGUGCCAUUAUUGAUGAAUAUGAUGGCAUCAACCCUUGCUGAGUAAGAAAGAACAUGGAAAAUGUCAUUGGAAACUGAAGACAGACUUUCCUAUGCAGCAUAGGCUGCAAGGCCUGCAAAUUGUGAACGGAUAGUUGAGGUGUAGUAAAUGAAGCGAGGGAUGAGCUGAUUCUUCUUGAGUUUAUCCAUGACUUUAUUUUGUCUGGUCAGAACUCACAACUGGUGGGUUUAUGAUGAGAAUGGUAAGAUUAUUCAAGCUAUUAAAAUGGCACGACGUUGCAGACAAGAGGAUUAUCUUCAGUAGAGCAUUUGACUGAUAAGCCUAAAAGUGUACAUAAUUACCGAAAGCAUAUUCAGUCAACCACUGCAUAGAUGUGUGAGAAGGGCCUGUAUGUGAUCUAGACAGGAUACAUUAAUCUAACAUGGUAGCGUACUGGAGAGUAAAAGCAACAUUUGAGACAUCGAUGUGCACUGACUGAGACAUUAGACUGUACUGAAAGUGGAAAAAGAAGAUGCGAGUUUCCUAAUUUUUUGUAUACAAUUUUUGGUCUGAAAAUGGCAGUAUGGUCUGAAAUGGUGCACAUUAUGCCGUGGACACCUCGGAUAUCCAGAGACCUGCUUCUCCUAGGCUAUUCAUACAUUGGCUCAAUAGAUAAUAUACCUUAGUCUUUUGUUUUUGUUUUUGUUUUUUAUACAAAAAAUGCUUCAUGGUGGCUAAACCCUUUAUGUGAUUCCUAUUUUUUAUAGGGAAAACUAUCAAAUAGGUCCUCAUACUAUAUCAAAAAAGUCAAUUAAGUCCUCGUACUAUAAA